GACUCAGAGAUUGAGCAGAACAAGGCAUCUAUGAUGGAAAGUUCUUGGAAAAUCAGUGAAGAAUUCCAUAUAGAUGAAGAAGUGGGCUUCGCUCUGCCAAAUCCACUGGAGGAGCUACCUCCCCCUUAUGAUGCCUGGGUUCGAAUUGCUAAAAAUCUUCCUGAGUUGAUUGAGACUGGAAACCUACGUGCAGAAGUAGAGAAGCUGCCAACACUCAGCAUUGAUGAUCUGCUAGGGCACAAGUCGCAGCGCCUGGCCCAUCUGGUGCUAGGGUACAUCACCAUGGCAUACGUGUGGAAUAAGGGUGGUGACGAUAUCAGGAAGAUCCUGCCAAGCAACAUUGCAAUUCCUUUUUGCAAAGUCUCUGAGAAACUGGGGCUGCCGCCUAUCAUGGUUUAUGCUGACUGUGUCUUGGCAAACUGGAAGAAAAAGGAUCCCCGCGGACCCAUGACUUAUGAGAACAUGGACAUUCUGUUUUCAUUUCCCGGUGGGGAUUGCAGUAAAGGAUUCUUCUUGGUUUCUCUAUUGGUGGAAACAGCAGCAGCUACUGCAAUUAGAGUAAUUCCCACAAUAUUCAAUGCAGUACAACAUAAGGACUGUGAUACUUUGCAAGAAGCACUGAGUCAAAUAGUUUCUUGUCUGGAAAAAGCUCUUGAAGUAUUUAAACAUAUUCGUGAUUAUGUGGACCCAGACCUCUUUUUCAAUGUUCUUCGCAUAUACUUGUCAGGCUGGAAAGGAAAGUCCUUACUGUCAGAGGGUCUGGUGUAUGAAGGAGUCUGGGACACCCCAAAGAAAUUCGCAGGAGGCAGUGCAGCUCAAAGCAGCAUCUUUCAGUGCUUUGAUGUUCUUCUGGGCAUCAAGCAGGAUGCUGGAGAAGCUGCUGAAUUCCUCCAGGAAAUGAGAACAUAUAUGCCACCGGCUCAUCAGAAUUUCCUUCGCUCGAUGGAGGAAGGGCCCUCCCUUCGUGAAUUUAUCCUUUCCGAAGGUAACGCCAGUCUUCAGAGCCAUUACGACAAAUGUGUGAAAGCCAUGGUUGCUUUGAGAAACUACCAUUUAAAUAUAGUAGCCGACUACAUUGUGGCUCCUUCACGAAAGCAGUCCAAGGCGAAGGAAACAGCUGAAGAGAGUUGCAAAGGAACUGGGGGAACUAGUGUUAUAGAUUUCCUAAAGACAGUAAAGAAUAAAACUGUAUCAUUCGUGAUGAAAAAAGAUUGA